UAGGGAGAAAGAAAACAACAUCUGAUCUAAUAAGCUUUGUUUUAAGUCUUGUUUGUAAUAGUUUAUUUUAGUGCUUUAAUUUACUCUCUCUCUCUCUCUCUCUCUCUCUCUCUCUCUCUACUUUUCUCUCUCUGUUUGAUGAAUUGACUGGUUCUCUCUUUUAUGUUCUUCGAAUUGCAUCUAAUUCUCUUCUCUUACAUAACCUGUCUUUAUAUUCUCUUGUUGUCUUGAGUUUACUUGAGCUUCGAGUUCAAUUUUGUUGUGCCAUGGCGAAUCCUUGGUGGGCUAUUAAUCAAGAUAAUCUACAAGGGAUGGAGCCUGCAGGCAAUUCUUCAGCGGGCUUGAACAAAAGUGACCUGGGGAUUUCGACGAACGAUACCGGAAAAAAUAUAAGCAACGACGAAGACGACGAUAGAGAUACCGGAGAUGAGCCGAAGGAGGGAGCUGUCGAAAUCGGUAACCGGAGACCUAGAGGCCGACCACCGGGCUCGAAAAACAAGCCCAAACCACCCAUUUUCGUCACUAGGGACAGCCCGAACGCGCUGCGUAGUCACGUCAUGGAAGUUGCGAGUGGCACCGAUGUGGCGGAAAGCAUAGCUCAAUUCGCCCGGAGACGACAACGAGGUGUCUGCGUGCUCAGCGGAAGCGGCUCGGUGGCGAACGUUACGCUUCGACAACCGGCUGCACCCGGAGCCGUGGUUGCUCUUCAAGGGAGGUUCGAAAUCUUGUCUUUGACCGGAGCUUUCCUGCCUGGACCAGCACCACCUGGCUCAACGGGACUCUCCGUGUACCUAGCCGGUGGUCAAGGACAAGUCGUCGGCGGAAGCGUCGUUGGUUCACUCGUCGCCGCCGGUCCUGUUAUGGUCAUUGCAGCAACGUUCGCUAACGCAACUUACGAAAGAUUGCCAGUAGAAGACGAAGAAGCAGUCAGCGGAGACGGGCAGGGUGAUCAGAUCCACAACGGAGCCACCAUUUCUCAACCGCCGCCGACAAUCCGUAGCGGCAGCAGCCCACAGUCAGGUCUGCUUGAUCCUUCUUCACUUCCAAUAUACAAUAUGCCUCAUAAUUUAGUCUCCAAUGGAGGACAACUAGGGCAUGAGGCCUAUGCUUGGGCACAUGAGCGACCACCUUACUAAUAAAUCCACACCAUAUCUACUUAUGUAAGAGAUUGAGACAAUCUUCUUAGAUCUUCCAAAAAUGUCGAGUUUUUUUGUUUAAAGAUUUGUGAAACAAAACCAAAAAAAAAAAAAAAACCUAAGUGAUCUCCCUGUAUAUUAAUUAAACUUAUCUCCCUUUGCUUUAUGUUUUCAAU